CCCUCCGGGCCCCAGAGGCCGUCCCGCCCCCCCGCGCUGUCCGGAGGCCGGGAGGCCCCGGGCGGAGCCGCCGAGCAGCAGGAGGAGGCCAUACGACAUCGUUCUUAAAACAUGCUUAGUUGGGAAAAACUUCGUGCGUCCAGAGCAGUGGAGACUGCAGUGCUCGUCAAUGAAGAUGAUUCAGUGGAGGUGCACUACCUGGAUGGGUCCAGAUUGAAGCUCUCUCCGUGCGGCUGUGAAUUCGUCUUUGAAAAGGCACUUAAUUCUUCGGCUCAUCCUCUGGAGCAACCUGAAAGGAUUCGGCAAAGAACACAGUUUGUUACUAGCAGUUACAGAGAGCAAUUAUUGCAAGCAUUAGAUUUCCGGAAUGCCUUUUCCACUUAUCCUUUUUUACCUGAUAGCAUCAUACCUUCUGAAAGAAAACAAUGUAUCUUCCUUGAUGUCUUUGAAGUUACGUGGCCUAGUCUUGACGCUGUUGGUACGUUGCUGUGUACGGAUAAUGACAAUGUGAAGAUUUCCUCUUUAGAUGGUUACGCCUCCCUCUACCUGCCCAAAACACUACAGGAAUUUACAGUCCAUUUUUUAUGCAAAGUUAGCCAAAAAUGUGACUCGUCUUUAGGAUUGUCAGAGAAAAGCGUUAACAAUCAAAUAAAAGAGGAUAACCAAAGAACAACAUCCAGCCCAAAGUGUACGUUUGGAUUGCUUAAAGCACAAAAAAUGAAGACUAAGGAAAAUGAGUCAAAAAUGAGUGGAUUGAAACCCAAAGAGCUGAUGGAGGCCAAGAAUUGUAUAAGUAUGACAGAAGACUGGGAUGAAGUGCCUUGGCCCUAUACGAAGAGCUCCUCGGUAUAUGUUUGGGUGAAGCAGUUCUGGUCCGUGGCCUCCUGUCCGGCAGAAUGGAAGUACCCUUUGUCUCUGGCACUUAGCUUCAUGAAAGCGGUAGAAGUUAACAAAACCUCUAAAACUGAUACAGAGGUGAAGCUGACUAUGGUUUCGGGAGCUGGUUUUUCAAGGGAAGAUGAAAAAGAAAUCCGGGUUUCCAUUCUACCCAAAGCUCUACCGCUCAGCUGCCCUGCUCCUCACCUGCACAGGUGGAGUUUCUCUGAUUUGCCAUGGGAGAAGAAGCAUAAUGAGCAACAGUUUUCUUGUCUUGAACUGGUGAAAAUCAUUUGGUACCAGGGAAUUACAUAUAGACUUACCCAUGGUAUUGUGAACUCGAUAGAGAUUUAUCCUGGAGAUGGAUCUGUUUUCAAAUCAGAAGGAGCCGUUUUGGGGAGCUAUUUCACAUCCUUUUUGAUUCAGGAAGGAUCGCAACAAAGAGAAGAGCGGAUUUACUCAGUUAAUAACCUUCCUCCAGAUGUACCAGGAAGUUCCUACUCCGUGGGUUCUGUUAUCAAGCAGGCAGUCAGAAUUCUUCAGUACUGUGCCAAGAUUAAGCUCUCUUUAAGCCAUAUCCACAGUCUCUGCUGCUGGAAAAUGAACCAGAAAUCUGGGACAGACGAAAGGGAGCUGCUGCCAACGAUUUUGAGUGAAACAUUUAUUCCCAGCAUUGGAAGAUUUGUGGCUUAUUCUGAUGAUAAAGUGCAUGCUGUCUUUUUGGAAGGAAUUACCCUUACCCUAAUUUGGGAUUUCCGUUCUUAUUCUGGAAAGACACAGAUGAACCAAGAUGUCACUACUGGAUGGUGUAAGGUAACUCUUCCCGAUGGACAAGAUCAGUUAAUUAAUAUUGAGCAUCCUGGACAAUAUGGAAGGUAUGUGACAACAGCAAUAGCAUGGUGCCGAAAUCUGACUCACUUGAGUCGAAAUGACAUGGUCGUUCACCCUGUGUGUCCCACCAUUGAAGAAAACUGGUCUGUUGCUGCUGAACUGGAGAAAAUUCAAAGAUUUAACUUUUUACUGGAGAACAACAGUGUCCUCAACCAGGUUUCCGCUGUGAGAAAGAAUCAGUCUUCUGGUUCUUUCGAACAAAGACCUUUGGAAACUUGUAAUGCGCUUGAAGAAGUUAGUGAGAAGAGCGUGUCGGCAGCUUUGAAAAGAACAUCUGAGGUCCUCCAGGGUAUUGACUUCUUUCUGGCCACCUCUAGGAAAUGACAGUUGGAUUGUUUUUAUAUUGUAGACCGGCCGUAUUUAAUCACCUCAAGCGACAGACCUGAACAAAAGCCAUUGUUGGUAGACGUCAAAUCCGAGAAUGUGUGCUCAUUGUAAGGAAUUGUUUGGAGUUUCUGCACUCAGUGCCUCCGGUUCAACCAACUGGGAGAAAAAGGUUAUGAAGAAUAUUUAGCAGAGUGCCUUUGCUAAAAUAACUUAUCGAACAUUAAUUGAAUUUGGAAGUGUGUUUUUAACAAUAUGAGUAUGUUUAGUUGUGAUUUUCAAAAUCAGAGCCGUUAAAUUGGGAGCUGUGAGCUUCUGUUUUUAAUUCCUUUACGUUUAUAUAAAACUUUUACAUUUAUAAAUGAAGUAGUCUAAUAAAAUGCACCCUUU